AUGAAGAAAUCCCUUCAGGAUGAGAAUUUGAGUGAUUCAGGGUUAAGAUUUCACUAUGUUGCUGCUGGAGAAAGAGGCAAGCCACUUAUGUUGCUGCUUCAUGGAUUUCCAGAAUUCUGGUAUUCUUGGCGUCACCAACUGAGGGAAUUUAAAAGUGAAUACCGUGUUGUAGCACUGGAUUUGAGAGGCUAUGGAGAAACAGAUGCUCCCAUUCAUCAAGAGAAUUAUAAAUUGGACUGUCUUAUUACAGAUAUAAAGGAUAUUUUAGACUCUUUAGGGUAUAGCAAAUGUGUUCUUAUUGGCCAUGACUGGGGAGGCAUGAUUGCGUGGCUAAUUGCCAUCUGUUAUCCAGAAAUGGUGAUGAAGCUUAUUGUUAUCAACUUUCCUCACCCAAAUGUAUUUACAGAAUAUAUUUUACGACACCCUGCCCAGCUGUUCAAGUCCAGCUAUUACUACUUCUUCCAAAUACCAUGGUUCCCAGAAUUUAUGUUUUCAAUAAAUGAUUUCAAGGCUUUGAAACAUCUCUUUACGAGUCACAGGACUGGCAUUGGAAGAAAAGGAUGUCGACUAACAACAGAAGAUCUUGAAGCUUAUAUUUAUGUUUUUUCUCAGCCUGGAGCAUUAAGUGGUCCAAUUAACUAUUACAGAAAUAUCUUCAGCUGCCUGCCUCUCAGACAUCACAUGGUGACCACUCCAACGCUACUACUGUGGGGAGAGAGAGAUGCAUUUAUGGAGGUUGAAAUGGCUGAAGUCACAAAGGUUUAUGUUAAAAACUAUUUCAGACUAACGAUUUUGUCAGAAGCUAGCCACUGGCUUCAGCAAGACCAACCUGAUAUCGUGAACAAAUUGAUAUGGAUAUUUCUAAAAGAAGGAACAAGAAAAAAAGACUGACUUUUAUCUGCCAUGAGGGAUCUACAAUGAAAAUCUCAUUUAUAAAAAUUGUUCAAUGACUUCUUUAAAUUUUAUUGAGAAAACUGUUUUAAUAUGCUUGAUCAUAAAUAAGCAUAUUGACAAAUGGUAUUGAAAACAUCUGAGAGUGUGUGAACAUGUAAUAUAAUGUUGAUUUUCUUCAGUUGUAUUUUGCACAGGAAAGUACCUGCCUUAAAAUGUAUACAUUUGUUAAAAAA